AUGGCUGCUCGGCUUCGUCAUGCCGGCCAAACUGACCGUAGCCGCGAGGAGGGCGAUUCCCAAGCAGGAGCAGGAGCAGGAGGGCGAGGACAGUCCGAGCCGGCUGGUCGUGUAUCGCCGACAGCCUUCACGAGUGCCCUCGAGAGUGUGAAGCGGCUAGAGCCCGGCUCGCCCUAUGUUCGUGUCCGCUCUCACUCGUUGGCACCUCACAGCAGACCUCGACCGAUCUCGCAGAGCUCUCCGCAGAGUAACCGCAACUCCGCCCCGCCCACCUCUGCCUGGUGGACGCCCGGCCUUCACGCGCUGACAGCAGACGACUCCAUGCUCCGUAUCGCCGAGACGACCAAGAUCCGGCCACAGGUCGACUCGAGCCACCUCCUCACGCCUCCACCGUCCUCUGCCCCAUUGCCUUCUGGCACAGUGUCAGCCCCAGUGACGCCGACGAAGACGGAUCUGCGCUCCUUCGGCGCCGGCGGCGGCUUCGUCCCGGGAACAGGGGGAUAUGCGGCGCGCGACGCGCUGGGCGCAGCUGCGAAAGAGGGAGGAGGAGCAGGCCCGUGUCCCGUGCACGGAUACAGCGUUGGCCGGCGACCGAGGCAGAGUCUCCCGGCCCUGCCGCCGCUGAGCUCGCGUGUCGGGCCGGGACCGAAAGGUGCUAUGAGCCCGAUGAGUCCGCUGAGUCCGACACCGGGCGCGAACAUGCAGCAACUUCAGGCGCAGCAGAUGCUCGGCUUGCGCGUCGACCUGGCCCCGAUGAGGCCGCACAGUCCCAUCCCCCCCACGAGCCCGACGACGCCUACCAUGCCCACGAAACCCGUGACGCCGACAACGCCCACGGGGCGCGCCUAUGCGCUGAACGAGGCGCCCGACUCGCCCGCAUCCGUCUCCACCGCAGCCACGGGAGAACGCCGGCCAAGGGUGCUGAACCAGAUGCCGAUCGAGCGCGGCAGCGUCUCGUACACGGACAACACGGCCACGACGGCGGCUCCGCGGCCAAUGUUGAGACCGUCGCUCGAGACACUGGAGCGCGCGGCAGCCUACGUCCUCCACAUGGAGCAGUACUACGAGUCGCUGACGAAUGGGGUCUGGGCCCUCGGCGUCGGAGGCGCGGAGGGCGGGCUGAGGCGGGAAAGGAAUCAUAAUGUCGACAUUAAGAGUUUCCAGCUCGGACGAGUCAUUGGGCAGGGCGCUUUCGGCGUUGUGCGGAUCGCGACGGAGAGGGCGAAGAAUCGUAUCGUUGCUAUCAAACAGCUGAGGAAGUCUGACCUGCUCAAGAUGGGCCAGGAGGGCCACGUCCGCGCCGAGAAAGACGUGCUCGCCGCCGCCUCCUCGUACGAAAGUACCUGGAUCCCGCGCCUCUUCUACACGUUCCAGGACCACGACCAUCUCUUCCUCGUCCUUGAGUUCAUGGGCGGCGGCGAUUUACUGUCACUUCUCAUCAACCGCGGCCGGUUACCUGAGGCCAUGGUGAAGUUCUAUGCCGCCGAGAUGGUGCUCGCGCUGCACCAGUGCCACGCCCUGGGCUACAUCCACCGCGACGUGAAGCCAGACAACUUCCUCUUCAACAAGGAGGGACACCUGCGCAUUGCCGACUUCGGCCUCGCGACCGACCUGCACUGGUCCCACGACAGCAGCUACUACGAAACACAGAGGCGGCAGAUGCUGAAACGCUUCGACUAUCCCGUCGGCCGGGCCGCGUUUGGGAACCGGAGGCGAAGUCGGCAGCAGCUCGGCAUAGGGCCGCAGGCGAUCAGCGACGCGAACCGCCGCUUCCAGCGCCGCCGCCGACAACUCGCGUACACCAUCUGCGGCACGAAUAGCUACAUGGCCCCAGAGGUCAUCAUGGGCACGGGGUACGGGUUCGGCGCAGACUGGUGGGGUCUCGGCGUCAUCGUGUACGAGGCAAUCUACGGCAGCGUGCCCUUCAGCGGGGAGAAUCGGCAUGUUGCGCGACAAAAGAUUCUCGACUGGCGCUCCUCCCUCGUGUUCCCGCGGGAACCACGGGUGUCGCCGCUGGCGAUAGACUUCAUGCGGCAGCUGAUGUGCGGCGCUGAGGACCGGCUGGGGUACUGCCGCAAACCUGGGCAGGAAGACGACGUGACUGGCCAGUUCUGGCCCCGUAUCCUGAGCUCAGUCUCGAGUCUGCAUCAGUGUGCGGCCGCUUUGCAGUGGAGAGUUGGAAGGGAAAGCACCCCCUUCACAGCAGCGGAGGAGAUGUUCCUCAAGAAGAAGGCGCGGCACAUCCACAACGACCUGCGCGCGCUCAGCGUGCGCAUCUCAUCCCUCAACUCUAGCUUUGACGGUAACCCUGCCGAUCGCAAACCGCCCCUCCGCCCCGUCACACCGGCGCACAUCAAUGUCCUCGAGGAGGAACAUUUCUCGGACGAGCCCGAGCCGCUGCCCUACGACAUUGCGAGCAGCAGCGAGGGAGGGGACCACAAGUUCCAGCCUCAUGCUAGAGCGUACGCAGAGCUCGUGGGAGACAACUCGGACAGGACAGACACGACCGAGACCGCUGCGACGGAGAGCUCGCAGUGGACGACAACUGAUGAUAUUCACGACUUAACGAACGAAAAGAAACAACUCCGCCACUCCAAACCCGUCGAAUCCCUCCGGGCGCACGUCAAGCAGUGGCCGUAG